GCGGUGCGAAGGCCGCGGAUUUCCUCAUUUCCAAAGUUGCUGCCAUGUCGUAUCUUGUACCCUCCGAGUACCUCCAGAAGUUCUCGCCCAAGGAGAUCCAGGACCUCAAGCGGGCCUUCAAGCAGUUCGACACGGACAGCGAUGGGUCCAUCGACGCGUCCGAGCUCAGCAACGUGCUCCUCGCGGUCGGCGAGGUGCCAUCCGACGCGUUCGUCGCCGACCUCAUCGCGUCGGUCGACACGGACAAGAGCGGGACGAUCGAGUUUCCCGAGUUCCUCACACUUCUCUACGAGCUGCGCCACCCGAUGCCGGCGUCGGCGCCGAGCUACCCGACAGGUCCCAAGUUCAACAACGACGCGGCCGUCAACUCGUGGAACACGACCGCGUUCACCAAGCCGCCGUCGCCGAUCGCGUCGCCGACCGAAGCCGCCGCGACGUUUGCGCCGCGCAACUCGGCCUUUGCCGCCGCCUCGGCGACCUUCAACAAGGGCAAGAGCACGCCUACCCCGUCCGCGGCGCCCGUCAAGAAGACGGUCGCACCGUCGUACGUGCCGCCGCCCCCGCCUGUCCCGGCGCCUGCUGUGACGCCCACAGGCGGUAACAAGUCGGCGUUUGCAGCCGCGGCCGCCAAGUUCAACACCAAGUCGCCGGUCUCGACGCCGCCCGUGACGCCGAGCCGCAAGACAAGCGGUUUCUCGGGCACGUCGUCGCCGGCGCAGGCCCAUGCAGCUGCGAACGCGCCGCUCCAGCGCACGGCGAGCGCGCUCGCGAGCGUUGUGCAGAAGCACCUCAACAUCCACGAGAGCCGCAGUGCGACUGGCGGCGUCCACUCGUACUCGGACGAAGAAAAGACGGCGUUUGCCGAGCACAUUAACAACUGCCUGUCUGGUGAUGCGCACCUGGCGUAUCUGCCGAUCGACCCGUCGGGCCACGAUCUCUUUGCCUCGGUCAUGGACGGCAUCCUCCUCUGCAAGCUCAUCAACCUCGCCGUGCCCGACACGAUCGAUCUGCGCGCCGUCAACAUCAAGAACAAGCUCAACGUGUACGAGAUGACGGAAAACCACAACUUGUGCAUCAACGCAGCCAAGUCGAUUGGCUGCUCGAUCGUCAACAUUGGCCCAUCGGACCUCCUCGAGGGCAAGCCGAUCCUCGUGCUGGGUCUUGUGUGGCAGAUCAUCCGCAUCCAGCUCACGGCGACCAUCAACCUGAAGAACCACCCGGAGCUCGUGCGCCUGCUUCUUGACGGCGAGUCGCUCGAGGACUUUAUGAAGCUGCCGCCCGAGCAAAUCCUCUUGCGCUGGGUCAACUACCAUUUGGCGGCGGCCCACCACGACAAAAAGAUUCACAACUUUGGGCGGGACGUGGCGGAUGCGACCGCGUACUCGGUCUUGCUCCACCAGAUUGCGCCGAGCACGUGCGACGUGUGCAAGGAGCCGACGGCGCUGGAGCGUGCGACGCACGUCAUUCGCAACGCGGAGAAGCUGCACGUCGACGCGUUCAUCAAGCCCGGCGACAUUACGAGCGGCAACACGAAGCUCAACCUGUCGUUUGUCGCGCAGCUCUUCAACACGUGCCCGGCGCUCGACGACGUCGACGUCACGGAGCUCACGGAGAUUUUGGACGACGAUGUGGGCGACACGCGCGAAGAGCGCUGCUUCCGCAUGUGGAUCAACUCGCUUGGGCUCUCGGAAACGUACGUGAACCAUCUCUUUUCGGAUUUGAAGGACGGCAUGGUCAUCCUCAAGACGCUCGACAAGAUGGAGCCGGGCGUCGUGAGCUGGACCAAAGCCAACGUGGCGCCGGCCAACAAGUUUAAGAAGGUGGAAAACUGCAACUACUGCGUCGUCCUCGGGAAGCAGCUCAAGUUUUCGCUCGUCAACAUUGGUGGCGUCGACAUUGCCGAGGGCAACAAGAAGCUCGUCUUGUCGCUGAUCUGGCAAAUGAUGCGCCACAACUCGCUCAAGCUCCUCUCGUCGCUCGGCAAAGACGUGAGUGACAAGGACAUUAUCGAGUGGGCCAACGCCAAAGCCGCCGCGCGCCACAACAAGCGCAUGGUGACGUUUCGCGACGCGAUGCUCGCCGACGCCGUGUUCCUCUUGGACCUCGUCGCGGCCGUCGAGCCCCGAGCGGUCAACUGGGACGCGGUCGUCGACCACGCGUCGACGGACGACGACAAGGCGGCGAACGCCAAGUAUGCCAUUUCGUGCGCCCGCAAGAUUGGCGCGACGGUCUUUCUGACGUACGAAGACAUUGUCGAGGUCAAGCCCAAGAUGAUCAUGACCUUUGUCGCGUCGCUCAUGGCGCUCGAGAAGCGUCACUAACACCGAUAAUACGACUCGUCUCUCUGCUGCUUAGUCGGCC